AUGGAAACAAUCAGGGAUAUUAGCCCCAUAUGGUUGCCCUGUAACUGCCAAGAAGGAGAGGAAGGCGGUGGCGAGGGCGGGGAAAAUGAGGGGGGCGAAGGAGAGGAGGAAGGCCCCACCGAACCCCCACCCACUAAACGCCCUUGUCAGGAGGAAUUCUAUUCACCCAGGGGGGAGGUGAAGACAUUGAAUUACCCAAACCCUUACCCGAAUAAUGAAAACUGCGUCUACAGGAUAUUUACAGACAAGAUUGUAAAUGUUAACUUCAGCAGAUUCUCAUUAGAGUAUGACGUAAAUUGUCGAUAUGAUUAUAUCCAAUACGUGUUCGACGCAACAAACAAUAGAGAUUUAAGUAAAUCUAAAAGGUUCUGUGGGAAUGGUUUGGACAAAAUCAACGGAGGUCGACUCAGAGGACCUGGUCCCCUUAUCAUGGUGUUCGUAAGCGAUGACUCAGCUGCUGAGUCAGGGUUCAAAUUCUCGUUCGAAUUUGAGUUGACAGGACCUGACCCUUGUGAGUCCAACCCAUGUCAACACGACGGCGAAUGUGAAUCUCAUCCUGAUUAUUACACGUGCAAAUGUUCUGAUGGGUUUGCUGGGAUUAAUUGUGAAAUAGAUAUGGAUGAAUGUGCAUCCUACCCAUGCAAACACGGGGGAACUUGUGUGGACGGGGUGCGGGAUUAUACAUGCGAUUGUUUGGAGGGGUUCACAGGGAAGGAUUGUGAAACACCUCCAGAUUUCUGUGCGUCCAAUCCUUGUGAAAACGGAGGACUUUGCGUGAAUCGCAAUGUCGAUUUUGUGUGUUCGUGUCCGAGGGACUUCAUGGGGGAGAAAUGUGAAGAGCCAGUCCCUACUCCCUCCCCUCCUCCCACCCCUGCUCCUACUACUCCUGCUCCCACACAACCAGAACCAACAGAGCCAGCCAAGAAUAAACCAGCACCAGAAGUUACAACCCAGCCCCCCUCGCCCGCACCAAAGGAAGAUGAAAAAGGGGAAGCAGCACCAGCCGACCAUGAACCUCAUCCACCUGGAGAUGCAAACAACCAUAGGACCUCUGUGAUCAUCGCUGUGAUCCUCGUGCUCCUCGUCCUCUUCCUCUUGCUCGGGAUCUUUCUGUGGUAUUGGUUCAAACUAAGGAAGGGAAACCCCCAGAAGAGAGAAAAGGAAGUGACACUCAUUAAUAUGAAAACUAAGUCCGAACAUGGGCAAGGUCGUUCCGGUCAUCGAUUAUCGCGCACGACCUCGAUCAACAGCGUUACUAUGAAAGGGGAUUCCCGGGAUGGAAGAUUGUUGAACAAACUGAAGAAAAUGUCCGAGGAUAUUAUUAUGGAAGAAGUGCCUGAUGAAACGAAGAACCGUCCUCCCCACCACAUUCACCCCAGCAACCCUUACAUUGCCCCGGUGUCAUCAAUACCAAACACCAUACCUGAUACUUCAAAUUUAAGGAAAAUAUCGAUCCCAGUUUCGCAGCAUGAACUCCAUGGACUUGGUAACCAUCGCAUGGGUCCCUUCCAACCGACCAACAUUGCCCCGCACGAUGCGAUCGGGCUGCUUAAUCAACUCAAGCAAAAUAACAACAAUAAUAUGGAUUUCAAAUCAGCUUUGUCACAAUAUGGGAUUCCCACGUACACCCCCAAACCCUUCCCCUCAUACAACAUGGCCCCGUUAGCCGUAGCAAACGUAGCUAACCCCCAAAUCAACCCCUUCCAACCUGAACCAUCUUACCCCGUCGACCCAUCUUACCCCACUGACCCAUCUUACCCCACCCAACCUGACCACUCGAUGGAGUUAAGUGCGCAGGAAGCUGCAGAAGUCGUCAAUCAUUUGUUACGAAGCGAGCCGAACAAUGGGAAGCCUGUGACAUCACAAGAGGCGAUGGAGAUAAUUCGUCACGUUCGCGACAAAUCUUACGGGGAAGAGCGCCCCCCAAUGGAUCGAGAGAAGAGCAUCGUUCUUCAUCCACAUGAGGUCGCUAACAUUUUCAAUAAGUUCCGUAAUCGUCCAACCGUGACCGAAUCUGACGAACCAAUCAGAAACGAGGGAGGAAUCGCAAGUUCUUACGAUCCAUCAGACCCAGGGGACCGAGCCCCGAACCGAAUCAACCGAGAGUUCCGUGAAUGCUCCCCAAUACAAGAGGAAUCGAGCGGGGGUAAACAUGGAAACCCACGCGUUGCAUGGACGCCAGAAGCCGACCAUGAGGAACCAGUUGUUAAACGAGUUCGUAAAAAGCCGAAGCGAUUUUUGUGCGAGAGUUCAAUUGACCCCGACCAGAAAGUCCAUGAUUGGCUGGAAAGCACACCGAAGGUUAAGGGCAACAAACACAAGAAACACCGUUCACCGGUCAACUCGGUUGCCACAGAUACCGUGAUCACACGAACGUUGCCGACCAAAGUGGAUCGGAAUAAUAGGCAUUCCCCAAGCAAUGAGGAACCCCCAAGAGCCCCACGCACAAUACGACAAACAAGACGGAUGAUUCCCGACAAAUCAAUGCUUCCAAUUACAGAAAACAAAGCCAAGUCACUGGUUGAGAAUUUGAUCAAAGCUCCAUUGCAUAGCAGUCAGAAUGUGGUGGGACCCGGAUUGGGGGUUAACCGACAGAAUGCAUUCGUUGGCCCCAAUAAAAUUGAAGCUUUCUAACUUCUAAGUGAUUGAGACUUUCUGUGCCACUUCCAUGCCCACAGUCAAGUUGCUGAAGCUAUUGCAGUGUGUGGAUAAGCAGACAUAACUUUUGGUUGAUUUGGUCAUUUAUAUCCUCAUGGGU